AAGAAAUACCAACAAUGGAGUUCAUCGGAUUUUAUAGUUUUAAAGAAAAUUUAUUAUUUUACAACUUUGACAACAUAACCUAACAACUUCAUGUAGCAUGAAUAAUAUUUUGAUAUGUCAAGAUAACUUUAGAGUAGAUAUCGCUCAGAUCGAUCCUGCAUUUUGGUCACAAAAUGCAAAACAAGUUGUCCAGAAUUCUGAGGACGUCAAUGUUUACAAAAUGUCACCUACCAAUAAUAAUGAGAAAGAGACUAAGUCAAGGUUCUCUCAUAUUGAGGAAGGCUUAGAAUCCUCCCUGAGCAAUGAGGCACAAAGUACCAUCAGCAGAAUAGUUAAUGAAGUAAAGAGUUUAUCAGAUGUAGAAAAACUGUUCCUGUAUUUAAAACUACCUACAGGAGAUUCAUGUAAAGAGUUUAGAAAGACCCCAACUAUAGGUGUACAGAAACCUAACAGAACACAGCAAGCCCAGACAUAUACAUGGAUCAAGUCACAUUUAGAGGAAGAUGAACUUAUCUGCCUACCUAAACAAGAUGUGUAUGAUGAUUACAGGUCCUAUUGUGAAAAUCAUGAUAUAAAGCCCCUCAGUACAGCUGAUUUUGGCAAGUUGAUGAAAUCAGUGUUUCCUAAUGUAAAACCAAGAAGAUUGGGACAGAGAGGGCAGUCAAGAUAUUGUUAUGGAGGACUAAGGAAGAAAUUAGAUGUUCUGCCGCCCACAUUACCCGAGUUAGAAAUAUUAUCAAAUACUGCACCUGGAAAUGAAGAUGACGAACUCAACACAGCCUCUUGUCAACUGGUGUGUGAGUGGGCCCACAAACUUCUCAGUGCUAACUUCCAGGGGAUACGUGAUCUGGCUGAAUAUCUUAUCAGUAACCUGUGUGUUAACAGUAAAUCAGUAGCAGCCUUCACUGUCAUUGCUGCUAUGGAGGAUGCAGGAAUACAGAAUAUUAAAGAGCCAUCCUUGUUUUCCAACAGCACCGGUGGGGACAGACACAAAGAAACACAAAUGUUACUUCAGAGAAAACUACAAGAAGGUAAACUGUUACGUGAACAAAAGAAAAAACUUCAACAGCAACGCGAGGAAAACGAACAAAAGUUAAAAGAAACUCACGAUCGACAAACUCCAUUUAUUACUUCUCCAUCAAUCCAGCAGGUGAUCAAAUCUCCCAUUAAACGAUUGUUUGAAGACGGUGGAAAUCGAUCAAAAAGUGUACAAGGCAAAACAGAUUUACAGCGUAGUCAGUCGGUCAUGGUUGUUCAGCAGCCGAACAAAACAAAACAAGAAAGAUCAAAGUCUAUUUCUGAAGUUGAUGUUGAAAUGGUUAGUGAUGAAAAAGACAAAUCUGUGUCCAGUUUGAAUAGUGGGCAACCAAAAAGAUCUGGUAAUAACAAAAAUCAGAUCUCAACUAGGAAGAAUCAGCCAGUAGAUGUUGCUAGGAAUCUAAAUAUAGAAAUUUCUAAAAAUAUUCAAAUGGACCAAAAUAUUCUUAGAGAGCUAACAACAGUACAAUGUGAAGAAAACACUGCCAAUGUGAAUUUUGUUCAUGAAAGUAAUGUGAAAUCAAAUCCAAGGUUUAAUAUAGAACAAAGAGAAAAUAGGAACAUAAACAAUCAAGCUGAAAUUGAAAGUAGGAAUAUAAACACUAGAGCUGAAAUUGAAAGUAGGAUUUCUGAUGAAGUUGAUGGAAACCGUCCAGUGAAUACUAAUAAUGUUUUAUUAAUGGAAGUAGAAAGUGAGAAAACUUCUAGUCAGAUUCAGCAUAUCAUCAGAAAACCGUCUCUCAUUUCCGCCAAUGUAUGGAACAUUCCUGUAUCUGUCAAUGACUAUAAUUCCUUCAACACUAACAUUGAAACGUCUGUCGGAAAUGAAAGUAUUAAACAGUUGUUGAAUAGUAAUUCUUCAACAGUUGAGAGGGCUGACAGUGAUUCUGCCAAUCUGAUAAGUUCUGCCAACCAUUCAUCUCGUAGUGCUUUUGUUCCAUUUUCGCAAAUCCAAAGCAGGAAGGAUUCCAAUGUUGACUUGUGUAAAGGUCCGUCCAUUAAUUUGACACAAAGUGAUGGUCAGAUUUUUAUAACUGUUCCGAACAACUUUGAUAUCACCAAACUUCCGUCCCAUUAUUUGGAGAAGAUAGAACAAGUUGCUGGUCAAAGUCAGACAUUGAGAAAAGACCGUCCAUUUGGAUCUGUUACUGAAGCACCCAAGAGGACCACAGAAAGUUUAGUAGGAAAAGUUAUGUUUCAACCUGUUUUACAAAGUGGGAUUAUUGCCCCAAGCAAUUUGGUUGUGUCAUCAACAAAUAUGUCGAAGACUGCCAUGAACAAUUCUUUGCCAGCCAUGGCCUCAUCAACUGUUUCUAUGGAGACCAAAAACAAAGGAACUGUAUUGCCGCAGCAGUUAACAUCAGAUGGCAAACUCAUCUUGCCUGCACAUUUCAAUAUAGGAGGAAGUUCUGGAAUUGUUCUUGGACAAGGUCAGAUCUCCGAUAUCGGGAAGAAUGUUAGUUCAGUACCAACUUCUGCACAUACAGUUAUUCUACCUGUCACCACUACAAGUUCUUCCUGCAGUCAGCUGCUCAAACAGAUGGCUCGUGCUCCAGAAAUCGCUUUGCUGGCGCAACAGGCAAACAAUCAGAAUGUGAUAAGGAGACAGACGCUAGGCUUUGUCGGAAAUCAAGCAAAUAAUCAGAAUGUUUUACUAAGACAGACAAUAGACCUUAUAGGAAAUCAGCCAAACAUUUGUUCAAGUGGCUCUAUAAAAGUUGCUAUCAGUGCUACAGAUAAAAGUCACCAGUCAACCAUCCAACAAUUUUCACCAGGAACUGUUGUUCAAGCAUUGCUUUCACCAAAUGUUACCAACGUUCCAUCCAUUAACAGACCGGUUGUGUCGCUUACAACACUUCAAUCACCUAGUGCUAACAAUCUGCCUUCCAUUAUGAGACCAGUUGCUCCAGUUACAACACUACAAUCCCCUAGUGGUUACAAUCUUCCAUCCAUGAUCAGACCGGUUGCUCCAGUUUCAACACAACAAUCCCCUAGUGGUUACAAUCUUCCAUCCAUGAUUAGACCGGUUGUAUCAGUUCCAACGCUACAAUCACCAAUUGCUACAAAUCAACCGGUUGUGAGUUACCCAGACGUCUCAAUGUCAUCGGUGCCAUUAGUUGUCCCUCGUUCAAGUCCCAUUUCAUCCGUCUCAACAUCGCUAGCUAUUUUGAAGUCUCCGAGCAAGUCGUCCAUGUCAUCAUUCAAGGUUGUAAAUUCAACACCAUCUACACUGUGUUCAAUUGUUCCACUCAAUAAUCAGGAGACUUUGGAUACUUCACUUCAUUCGAACCCGUCCACUCCUAAGAAAUCCACAAAAAGCAGAUUUGCACCCAUUCGUCCAAAAGCCUCGCCAGUAAAAACAAUAUCAACAAUUUUGAAGGACACUAAAAUCACUCCAACUGACAAUUUUGUUUAUGACAAAUCUAAAUCUGUGUCUGAACUUCUAAAGGAGAAAAGAGCCCGUGAGGCUGAGCUUGCUUUGAAGAACAAGCAACAUUCUGGUGCUCAAAAUGUUACAGGGACCAUUAAUAUAGACAUAUCAAAUAGUCAGAAUUUGCCGGGUACAAUUAAUCCACAGAUGUGUUCAAAUGUAGAAAACGGGACAAAUAUUCCAGUUUCAGUUGGGUCAUUUUUUGUACCAGCUGAUCAUAGAAAUGUCAAAAAUCUGUUCAAUGUUGGAAUGUCUCAGAAGAUACAACCUGGGACAGGACAGGACAGGACGGACAGACUACAGAGCGGACAAAUGCAAGUUCCUCCAGGAUUAGUGUCUACAGGGGAUGUUGUUUAUGUAAUAAAUCAUGUACCUCAACCACUUGAUAAAUCACCCGUUAAAUCGUCCGUAGCAAGACCAAAUACGCUUAGCCUUGGUCAGGAUACCGGGGAGAGAAAGAAAGGAGUUGAAAGCCCUGAUUUGAACGAUGAUGAUACGAUGGAUAUAGAAGAUGUUCUGAAAAUGUAUAAAGAAAAAGAAAAUGAUAUGGAGGUUUCAUGUGAAACACCUUCCAAAUUUGCUAAAAUUGAAGAUGGUGACCAGAUUGUUCAUUCUCGACCAGGAUCCAGGUGUUCUGCUGAUAUAGAGCAAGCUGGUGGUAGAAAAAGGAAAUUUUUCAACACUGAUAAUGGCCAGUUUAGAUGUUUCGGUAGAAAGAGGUUGAAUUCAGGAGAUGAAAAUGAUGAUGAUGUUAUUCUAUUUGAUCCUCUUGAGGAAAGCACUGAAAAUAGACGUGAGAGUCGUUCAUGUACGUUUGAAAUAGAUGGGAGCCCUAAAACAAAUAAGACAAUCACAUCAGCUCUGAAGCACAAAAGUCAACACUCUCCAGAUAUUAGCAUGCUAGAGAUAGAUGCCUUGAUAGAUCUAGUACAACCUGAACAGCCACAUUCAGUAAGGCCACUGAGAAAAGUUAGUUCAGCAGCAGUCGGGGUGAACUCCUUGUCUUUAAGGAAGUCUCAACAACAAUUGUUAAAAGAAAAGCCUCUACUAGAUCAAAUGAUAAAUACUUUCCUGCAGAAGAAAGAUAGAAAUAUCACAGAUUUUGGUUCAAUAGAUGCCAAUGCUUCAGGAAAUUUUUCACAUGUUAACACUGCUGGAAAGUCAAACUUUCAUUUUGAAAAUGAGCGUUUGCUGCAUGAUAGAAGCAAGUCAUUUAGCGAUGCUCCUUUGUCUGACAACAUGAGUAUUUCACAUCUAAAUGUUCCACAUGAGCAUGACAUUCUACAGAGUAGUACUGGCUUUGCUGUACCAACAGAUUCAGAACUACCAAUGGAAGCAGACAGUGAUUUGCCUGCAGAAAUUGCUGAUUUCAUUACGGAACAAGUUACCAUGGUUACUGGUGGCAUUAUGGGUAAUGAUCCAAAUGAUAAUGUAGAAAAUGCUAAAUUUUCAAAAGAUGUUGAGGCUAUUCAGAAGAAAUUGCACACUAUUUCAAAUAAUGAAAUGCAUAGCCCAAGGAAUACUUUACAAAAUUUUGAAAUAAAUUCAAAUCAGAUGAAAGCAUUACAGCAACUGCAAUCAUCAAGACCUCAAAGUAGACAAGGAAGUAAUAUAGAGGUAAAUAAAAUGGGAACUUCCAGGAUUGCUGAUCGUCCAACAAAUGUAGGAGAUGUCUUUGCUAGUCCUCAAAGACCUGUCAGUAGGAGACAGAGGACACCCUCCGUUGAAAGAAUAACAUCACAGAUUUCAGCAAAUUCAGCUUUGGAUCGAAGGUCUGUUACGACUCCUACAUUAUUUCCAAGUCCCAUUCAUUCCACAAAUGUUAGAAGACGAGAAACUUCAGUCGACAGGAUGACCAAUCAGACACCAUUCUCAGAUCCUGGAUAUGGAAGCAUUGGGGCCAGUCCUAUAUUAAAUCCAACACCAGUUUCACAGUCCAUAAAUUGUGACACCUCAGUUACAUCGGGACAUAAUUCUAGUUUUAUGUCAACUCGUGCAGACUCAGCUCAAAGCAUUGCUAGCGAUACAGCAAUGUUCAGCCCAGUGUCGUCAGCUAUCUCACCACGAUUCCAGACCUCAACGCCUUAUCCUUUACAAUCACCAAGUCAGACACCGUGUAGAAAUAUAAUACAGAGUCCAAUAGAUGGAACUGGUCCGGUCCAGUCUUUUGUACCGAUUCAAGGUUCACAGUUCCAGAUUGACAGCAAUGUGACCUUGAUAAAGCCUGUCGUGACAGUGGCUAUGUCUCAGUCUAAUCAAACAUCGUCAGGACCUCUUCAGGCUAAGGAACAAACUAAACUAAGGAAGGAUCUUAUUGGAAUUGGAAGCAUUUUACCAAGAAGUGAACAUCAGGCAUUACAAAAACCACCACCUUCCUACAGUGAUGCUUUAUUAUCACAAUUACAGGGUAAUAGAAUGGAUCAAAAUAGAUUGUCAAACAAAGGUGCGUUUGAUGUUCCAUCUCAAGGUGCGUUUGAUGUUCCAUCUCAAAGAAAUGACAAUGUUAUUUCACAACAACAACAAGAUACUGGAAAUGGGAAUACAGAACAGUUGAUGGUUGCACCAUUUUCUCACAGACUGGCAUUGAUGUCUACAAAAUAUGGAAGUCGUAAAGUGAAUAGAAGUUCUUCAGAUUUACAUAAUCGGUCACUGCCAGAACAUUUAUUACAAAGUAGUGAUUCUAGUGUAUACCCAAACAGUGGACUAUCUCAAAACGAUGAAGACCAUGAGAAAUCGUUACAAAUUGAAUCUAUCAAAGCAAGUUUACAAAACAAUAGUCUUGAUCUAGUUAAUUUCAUUCCAGACUUCGACAGUCAAGAUAUCUCAAGGUCGCAGAACACAGUAGAGGUAGGGGUCAGAAGGUCGGAGAGAAAAAUCAGACAUAGAAAAAGUGAUUUAGCGAUUGAGAAAAUGAUGGAUGACGAUGAUAUAGAAUUUAUCGCUAAAAGGAAUUUGUCACUAGAUUUGGAACGAAAUACAAGUUUCAAUGAAGACGAUCUAGAAACGACCCUUGAGGAUCUUAAAUCACUGGAUGGACAAUACUUUACACACGAUAACCAAGAUAACAGAUUUAUUUAAAAUGGUUAUGUUUUAAUUAGUAGUAAAUUAAUGUAUUAGAUAGUGUGCUGGUUUAAAAGUUUUUACCAUUUUGUAAGAAAAUUAUGGACUAACAAGCCAAAUAGAAAACUUUUUAAGGGAAUAUUUUUUUUUAGGCUAGAGAUUAUUUUGAUAAAAAUUUAAAAUAAAGAUGGUGAUUUAUUGUGCAUGAUUACAUAUUUUUUCAUGAAACCAUAAAAUAGCAUUUGAAAAAAUCUUUUUUUUUUUUUUGAUAGGGGGGAAAACAAAUAAGUUUUUCAAACUUAAAUGAGAACUAAAAAUAAUUUAGUGAAUACCUUACUUCUCUGAAUUUAUAUUUCACUGAAAGUUUCUUAUCUCGAUUUAUUUUAGUUUUUCGCAAGUUGAUUUAUUUGUAAAGUGAUUUAUAAAGUUUUUGUUUUAUAUACAUGAUUCUAUUAAGAUUUCAACCAGUUCACAAAAUUUCAAUGGCAAAACAAAAGCAAUAAGCCUUUGUACAUGAAAUAAAACUUUUCUGUUGUUAAGUUAUGGUUAGUAAAGAAGAGGAUUUAUUUUGCGUCCAUUAUUGUUUUUUUUUCGCUGGUACAAUGAAGAUUUGAUCUCAUUUUGACCUAAAAUUUAUUGUGUUAUUGUGUGAAAUGUUGCGUGAACCAUGACGAAAUUAUUGAUAUGGCUAAAAAAAUGUUGUAACAAUAUUGAAUAUAAGUUUUUAUGUACCAGUGUUUAAGGUUUUUUGCCUGAAAAUUCCACUGACUGGUUAACUAAUGAAAGACAUUAGUUUUUAUUUAAAGUGCAUGUAUUAUCAGACUUUCUGUAAAUUCAGAAAUUAUUCUUUGCAUUUUUUAUUGCAACUUUUUAAGAAUUGUCAAAAAGGUCAGAUUAAUUUAAACAAUUUCUGAAAACUCUGCAUGCAACUAUGUCAUUUUUCGCAUUACCUUUUUAAGAAAAAUAUCACUUCAAUUAAUUUCUGAAUUUACAGUAUGCAAAAUUGUUUAAGAAGGUUAUGAUUUGUCUAAAUAAUUGUAUAAUGCUACCCUUGUAAAUGUUAAUGAGUGUACAUAUUACAUGUGUAUAAUGUGUACAUACAUAUGUGUGUAUAAUGUGCUUCUGAACUAAUCAAGAAGUCUGUCAAAAGAAUUAAUAGGAGACCAGUUAAUUUUGUUUAUUUUUUAGUCCAGCCUUCAAUCUCUACCACAGGCCCAACAGCCCAAAAUUGGUAAAAUUGCUAAUUGGUUUGCUAGAAUUUAUAUUACGGACCAACAUAGUCUAUAAAAAAGAGCCAUGGGCCUAGGGCUGCACAAGUUUAUUAUAAAGACUGCAUUAAGUCCUGCCUAAAGUUAAAUGUAAUAUGUCGAUGCCUUGUGAUGGAAACUUUUGAAAUUUUUAAUGAUAAAUACAUAAUUUUUAAAGGCAAGUAAUUUGUGAAAAUAUAGCUUCUUUUGACAAACUUCAUGAAUAUGUUCCUAUAUAUAAUUGCCUUGGACUGCAGAAUUUUGUAUAUAUGAUGUAUUUGUAAAUAUAUAUUUUAUACAUUACUUUUGAUAAGUAUGCAACUAUAGUGCUUUUUAUACAAAAUAAGUGCUUUUUAAAAAGUGUCCCUUAAAAUUGAAUAAUUGCCAACAAUUUUUGUUUUGUUUUUUUUACAAAUUAUUUUAAUGUCUCUUUUUAUAUCAUCUAAAAUUCAUUCAUUUAAAUCAUUAAAUAAUUUUAUAAUGAAAUCAUAAUAAUUGCUAAUUUUCAACAUAAUCAUGAUAAUAAACAACAAUUUGCCUCGUUUAUAUAUUAGUAUUAUCAUUUUUAGUUUAAAGAUUUUUCAAGUCUUAAAUUUUUUCAUGAGAGAAAUAGUUUUUUUUUUACAGUUAAUUUUGAUUAUUUCAUUUUAAAAGGAUAGUCAAAAUAGAACACAUUGUUUGUAUGUGAACAUUAGCUGUAUAAAAAAAGCUUGUUUAGGUACUUUUGUCUUUGAUGCCAUUAAUUAUUUCCAUUUUAUUGCUAUGUGGGUUUCAAAUUCUUGUUUUCACACUUUUAUUUCUGUAUGAGACUUGUUUAUUGUGUACAUUUAAUGCAUAUCAACGGUUGUUUUUUCCUCUAUUGUAAGUUUGGGUAUUAAUGUAUACAAUUGUAUACUGUAAAUUCAGAAACUUUGGCCUCCUUUUAAUAUUUUGAUCAAUGGAAUUAGAAUUGAAAUCAAUUAUAGCGAACAAUAAAUGCUGCAGAGAAACAUUUUUUAAUUUGGCAAAACUUAUCCUGUUGCCAUUUUAGCAACACUAACAGUACAAAUUUUGGCAACAUGGCAACAAUUUCUGAAUUUACAGUUUAAGACAGCAUUGGCUACUAUUACAGCUAUUUCUACUCUUUAUUUGUGCUAGGAAAUGUAUCUUUGUUAUCCGCAUUUUUGUUAUCCACAAAAAAAUGCUAGUUAUCCAUAAAAUCUAAGAAAACUGGUACAAUGUACUUAUUGAUAAAGUUACUGUUUAGUAAUGAUUUUGUUGCAUAUUUGUAUCAUAUUAAUGUCAGAAUUAAUGAAAAACUGUUAUUUUGUUGUAAAACUUUUAUUAUUAUUGUUAUUAUAAUACAUAUUUAAACUGCAUUCAACACUUUGUCUAUUUUGAAUAUACACAAGAAAGAUUUAUAAGAGGACAUUUGGAUAUUCAGAAAAUGGAAUAGACAAAAAUGCGAAAUUUUUAAUUGUGUCCUUAUGAAAAUCUGAAAAUAGCUCUAUGCUUCAGAUAUUAGAAUGUGAGUUCUUAUUACUGUGGAUUAAUUUAUUUUCGUGGGUAUCAAUUUUCGUGGAAUGCUGAAAACUGGCAUAUUCGUGGAUAUUUGAUUUCGUGGUUUUGCUAAUCUCAGUAUACAAGGCCUAUUGAAAAUAUGUUAUUCGUUGAACAUUUGAAUUCGUGGUUCACCUUUUCCCACGAAACCCAUGAAAAUUGGUAUCCAACGAAUAUUAAUGAAUCCACAGUAUUGUAUUUAUAACAGUCACAUUAAUAAAGUCUUACAAAAUUUUGGAAUAAACAGUUUACUGUUCAAGAUUUGACCUAUUAAACUGUCAGUUCAAAAACGUAAUGAAAAAUAAAGUGGAAAACUUUUUAACUUUUACAAAACAAAAACAGUCUUGAAUGCAGAGUAUAUUGGUAGAUUUGUUAGUGUAUAGAUUUUAUAGUAUAUAUAUAAUUUGUAAUAUACUAAAUUAUAAAUUUCCUUUGAUCUCAUGUAGGGAAAAGUAUUUUCUUCACAGCAAAUUUUGCUCACAUGGGUUUUAUAUUGUAAAAACAGAGUUUUACAAACUAUAAAGACACCUGUCUUUUGUUACAAUUUCAAAUGGAAAUUUCAUCAUUUAAGGCAAAUUAAAACACUUGAAAUAGUGCUAUAGGAUUUGAAACAGCAUGGUUCCUUCAAAAAACUAUUGUACAAAAUAUUUAGAAGACAUAAGGGUUUUAGAAUAUCUUUUUGAAACUAUUUUCUUUCAAUGCCUAAAACGUUUUUCCUAUUUGUUUAAUGUGACUUAUUUCCUGUGAAAUCCAUUAAGUACAAUUUUGCCGUGAACAAAUAUUAGGUAGGGUUUCUUUGAAUAAUAAGUACUUUUUUAAAACUUUCUAAAUAUUGACAGGUAAUUUAUACUUGAAGCUUCAAAAAGAACACCAAUUUAAAAAAAUUAGGCAUCAUGUUAUUACAAAACCCUGCCAACACUGAUGCUGUGUUUAGGAAACCAUUAGAGGCUGGUUGUGACUCUGUUCUUAGGUGACUUGGUUUGCCAUUUUUCAACUGCUGUAAAUUGUAAUUCUCUUUUUGCAAAUAAUACAUUGAUAAUUGUAAAAAAAUAUAUGCAUCUAUUAUAUAUGAGGCUCAAAAAGUGGCCCGGGGCCCUGCACACCCCUUUAAUCAGCAUAUUUAAAUCUUUAGGUGUAAUUUACCUGUCAUGGUUGAAUGAUUUCUUUCGAUCUCUUAUGUUCUCACUUAAUGCUUCAAAUAUGCAUUGCUAUUGUCUAGCAUUGGUGUACAAGUUUUCUUAAGAAUUAUUUAUUAGAAUUAAAUGAUCGGGUAUUAUUUACAUGACAAAUUGAAGAAAUAUUCGACUUCAAAAUUUACAAAAAAAACUUGAAAGCAAAUGCAUGCUUUAUUAUUGUGAUUUCAGAAAAAGAAUCUUAAAACCAAUGAUAAUUAAAUUUAUAUGAUUUUUCUUUUAUCUGGGCACAAAUUUUACAAAGAUAAAAUAUCACAAAAAUUUCUGAUUGAAUACAAUGUAUUUAUAGAUUGUGAUUGUUCUUGGUCCAUAAGAAAUCAGAUAAAACAAGUCACAUGACAUUGUGGUUGUCCUCUGUCCAAUGAGAAAUCAGUAAAACAAGUCACAUGACAUUGUGGUUGUCCUAUGUAUGUCCAAUGAGAAAUCAGUAAAACAAGUCACAUGACAUUGUGAUUGUCCUCUGUCCAAUGAGGAAUUAGAUCAAUAAGUCACAUGGUGUUGUGGAUUAUCUUCUGUCCAAUGAGAAAUCAUAUUAACCAAGUCAUAUUGUGUUCACUUAUAAUUAUAGGUUAGUCACUUUGCUUAAUUUAUAAAUUUUAUCUAAUACUCUUUUAUUUAACAUAUCUAUUUAUUUAAUGCUUCAUUCCAUUUUAUUUUUUUCCGUCCAUUAUUUGUUCUUUUCUUCCUUUAUGUAUAUCAUUCUGUCCAUUAUAUAAAAUAAUUAUGUUAGUUUUAGUAUUGAAUAAACUUUCCCUAAAAGAUUCCUAAUUUGAAAUAUGAAAUUUCAAUUAAAAAUGAUAACAAUUAUUCCACAGAUUUGCUAGAAAAGUGUGCAUGUUUUAAAAACUAUUUUAUAUCCUAGAUAGAAGUUUUUUUAUUGUUUUUUUUUGUUACCAAAAUCUUGAGGAAAUGAUAAUUGUAGUAGUUUUUGUUACUCAGAGUUAUAUUAAGUUCUAUCUAGAUGACUUUUUUGUAACUUAUUUUCUUAAGCUACUUUGAUGUUACAAAUGAGGUAAUAGACCGAAUAAAUUUAAACUCCCAAGUCAAAAGUUGGCAAUAUGAAAAAGUUUAUUACAUUCUUUCUUUAUUUUGGUAUAAUGUGAUGUUAACGUAAUUUUUCUACAACUAAACAUCUCAAAAAUAAAUUGCUAGCCAAAAUUUAUUGGUGUACAUUUUCAGAAAUAAAAUAAAUCACUUUGUUUUUAUAGUCCUUCUUUCAUUAUAUUUACCUUCUUAAUAUUUGUUAUAGAGACAUACACAUGGUGAAUUUAUAUUGAGAAAAUCUUAAUCAUUUAAAUUAUUAUUUUAAUUGAUUUUAAUAUGAAAAAUUGUCAUCUAAUCAUAUCCCUUUUGUUUAUUGUAUUUUACAAACAUUUUAGAAGUGAAAAGGUUGAAAACAUUGCAUGAUGGUCAUUCUCAAUUAAAUCAUUAUUGUUAAGAUUUUAUAAUUGUGGAGUCCAACUUUUGUGAUUUGCUGUUUUAAACAUAGAAUUUUAUAAAGACAGAUUUUAUGUAGAA